UCAGACGCAGCGGCCCCGUUCUCGGCUGAGACACGCUCUGCCAUUGGCGGAGGAGCUGUCAGUGUGACGGUCGGCUGUGAGGGCUGUAAGAUGGGGGGUGUCUCCUCCUGACGCAGCAGGCUGUAUUAUCCCUAUAUCCUGCUUGUUUCCGGUGUGUACUGCCUGCUGUGUACACUGCCCUGUGCCGGCUGGGAGGGUUUGCGUUCCCUUAUCUCCUGAAACAAAGGCACGUUCAUUGGUUUAAAUAAUAAAAUGCCUGCAGGUGUCUGUGGGUGCUGUGGAGCGCUGCGGCCUCGAUAUAAGCGAUUGGUGGAUAAUAUCUUUCCUGAAGACCCCAGAGAUGGACUUGUUAAAUCAGACAUGGAAAAGCUCACGUUCUAUGCCGUCUCAGCCCCUGAGAAGCUGGACCGGAUUGGGGCAUACCUCGCAGAGAGACUGAGCCGAGACGUGGUCAGACACCGAUAUGGCAACGUGUUUAUAGCCAUGGAGGCGCUAGAUCAGCUGCUUAUGGCGUGCCAUUCCCAGAGCAUCAAGCCCUUUGUGGAAAGCUUCCUGCGGAUGGUGGCAAAACUUCUGGAGUCAGGAGAACCCGGACUGCAGGUGUACGGGACGAAUUCUUUUGUCAAGUUUGCGAACAUAGAGGAAGACACCCCUUCGUAUCACAGACGCUAUGAUUUCUUUGUGUCUCGCUUCAGUGCCAUGUGUCAUUCAUGUAACAGCGAUCCAGAGGUGCAAACAGAAAUCAGAAUUGCAGGAAUUCGUGGAAUUCAAGGGGUUGUCCGUAAAACUGUGAAUGACGAGCUCCGUGCAACAAUAUGGGAACCCCAGCAUAUGGAUAAAAUAGUUCCUUCAUUGCUGUUUAAUAUGCAGAAGAUGGAAGACAAUGAAAGCCGCAUUGGACCACCUGCUUCCCCUUCCGUCGUCGGUGACAGAGAGGAGAGCCCCAGUGUCCUGGCUGAGAACUGCUUCAGGGAGCUCCUGGGCCGAGCUGCUUAUGGGAACAUGAAUAAUGCCGUUAGGCCGGUGUUUGCGCAUUUAGACCAUCACAAGCUGUGGGAAUCAAAUGAGUUUGCGGUUUCUUGUUUUAGAAUCAUCAUGUACUCUAUACAGGCGCAGUACUCGCAUCAUGUGAUUCAGCAGAUCCUUGGCCACCUUGAUUUACAUAAGAGGGACUCUCCCCGCAUCCGGGCCGGGAUCGUGCAGGUUCUCUUGGAAGCUGUGGCCAUUGCCGCUAAAGGGUCUAUCGGCCCCACAGUUCUGGAAGUAUUUAAUACUCUCCUGAAGCAUUUGACGCUCAGUGUUGACUUUGAGCUGGGAGACCGGAGGAGUUCUGCAGGUAGCGCAGUCUUCAGUUCCAGCACGAGGGAGAGUGAUGAGCGGAUUGUUCAGAACGCCAUCAUUCAGACCAUCGGCUUCUUUGGAAGUAAUUUGCCGGAUUACCAGCGGUCGGAGAUCAUGAUGUUCAUCAUGGGCAAGGUGCCAGUGUUUGGGUCCUCUCACACGCUCGACACCAGUCAGCUUGGGGACCUGGGAACAAAGAGAAUUCAGCUUAUGUUGCUGAGAUCCCUACUCAUGGUGACUUCGGGUUACAAAUCCAGGACGAUCGCAGCGGCCCUUCCCUUGCCGUUUCUGGACCCCCUCCUAUCUCCGUCUCUCAUGGAGGAUUGUGAGCUGCGCCAAUUAGUGCUUGAAAUAUUACACAAUCUUAUUGAUCGCCAUGACAACAGAGCUAAACUCCGAGGCAUCAGAAUUAUUCCCGAUGUGGCAGACCUAAAAAUUAAACGUGAGAAAAUCAGCAAACAGGAUGUGAACUUCAUGAAAAAGCAUGGCCAGCAGCUGUACAGGCACAUAUAUCUGGGAUGUAAGGAGGAGGACAACGUACACAAGAACUACGAGCUGCUCUAUACCACCUUGGCUCUGGUGACCAUCGAACUGGCCAAUGAAGAAGUGGUGAUUGACCUGAUCCGGGUGGCGAUUGCUUUGCAGGACAUAGCGAUCAGUAAUGAGGACAACCUGCAGAUGUUUAACAGGUGCAGCAUCAUGGCCCUAGUGUCUGCGUACAUGAACUUCCUGAGUCAGAUGAUCGCGGUUCCGGCCUUUUGCCAGCACGCCAGCAAGGUCCUAGAAACCAGGACCAUAGAUGCUCCUUACUUUUUGCCGGAAGUAAUUUUCAGAGAUAAGUGCAGCCUUCCAAAGUCUCUGGACAAGCUUGAUAAAAGCGUUUUCUUUCUGACCAACAAAAUUGUUGAAUCCCUUGGCGGCAGCGGUUACAGCGUGGACAGAUUAUCCGUACCCUACGUGCCCCAAGUAACAGAUGAAGAUAGACUUUCCAGAAGAAAAAGCAUUGUGGACACCAUAUCUAUCCAGGUGGACAUCAUGGCUGGAAACAACACAGAAGACAAGGUGAACACUGAAGAGAUAACCUUCGAAUCUCUGAAAAAGGCGAUUGAUAACACUGGCAUGGAAGAGCAGGAGAAGGAGAAGAGACGUCUUGUUAUAGAGAAGUUCCAGAAAGCGCCGUUCGAAGAGAUUGCGGCCCAGUGCGAAUCUAAAGCUAACAUGCUGCACGAUAAACUAGCACAAAUCCUGGAGCUGACUAUAAGGCCACCGCCCAGCCCGUCCGGAACAAUCACCAUUACGGCGGGACACGCCCAGUACCAUUCCAUCCCAGUGUACGAGAUGAAAUUUCCAGAUCUUUGCGUUUAUUAAAUAGCCGAGCCCGAUCCAUUCACCUAGGCAUCUAGGGUUUGUGCGAUUCGUAGUAUUCACAGAUGCUGUAUAGAAUGCAUACAGUAAGGGAAGAAUUUAUUACUGUUACAUAGCCAAAGGCACUUAUUGUAACCGUUUGCUAUAAAUACCAAAUACCACUAAAGGGAAAGUUCUUUCAUCUGAUUUGUUUGCGUGAGUUACAAUGACUGGUGCGAGGUGUGACGAAAUAAACGGCGGAUACGGUUCAGCAGCGUGUCCUGCCAGCUCAUCCUGAUUGUCCCAGUCUCUUUUAAAUGAAUAGCGUCCGGUUUUACCUCCCCACUGACACAAAAUUUGCUGCGGGAUCCAGGGAGUAAAUUAAACCAUGGACUUUGUUUUUUUGCCUAGGUUUUAUUUUUUGAUUUAUUUGUAGAUGGACACAAAUUCACGUUUAAAUGAGUCAACAUUGUAAAAAAAAAUAUAUAUAUAUAUUUAUUUGACCACGCUAAUAAUCAGACACCCCUAUUUUAUAUAUAACUUUGAAAGAGAAUGCAGGUAGAGAUUGUAGUUUCUGGCACUGGGAAUACUGUAAAUGACAAGUAGGCGAAAUGUGAAUUUAAGGGCGUUUGGGUGUAAAAGUGCCAGGCUUGUUUUGCAGAAAAAUGUUUAGUAUUUGUUUAUACUUGUGCGAUUCUCGUUUUAGUUUUUUUCUACAUAUUUUAAUUUAAACGAGGUAAUGGGAUCACAAUUUUAUUUGUUUUAUCUUUUU